UAGAUGGAAUUUACAAUUGAAAAAUAUACCAAAUGGAGAUCCCCUCACGUGUGAAAGUCACACAACAGUUCCACAAAUUGGCGGUUAUCCAAUAGUGUCUCUUCCCAAAUUCAGUUAUUCCAAUCCUUUUUCUUUACCCUUAUUCCCCUUCUUCAUAUAUCAUUUAUAAAUCCCUCAUCCCCAUCCCCAUCCCUUCUUCUAAAAAAGCAAUGGACGAACACACAGUAACCUCCGAUGAAGAUCUCGGAAUCAAAAUCUACACCUCAACACCCCCCAACGAAGAACCCCCCUCCUCCGGCGGUGGCGGCCGGAAAAGGCGAGCAAUGGCAAAAGGAAUGCAAAAAACACUCUCAAAAACCUCAAUGCUAGUAAACUUCCUUCCAACCGGCACUCUCCUAACCUUCGAAAUGCUUCUGCCGUCGGUCUCCGGGAAGGGGGAGUGCACGCAUGUGAACACGAUGAUGAUAAACUUUCUCCUGGGCUUAUGCGCUCUAUCGUGUUUCUUGUUUCACUUCACAGACAGUUUCAAAGGCGUGGACGGGAAAGUUUAUUACGGGAUCGUGACGCCCAGAGGGCUGGCGGUGUUCAAGACGGGGGUGAGGGAGGUGGAAGUGCCGAAGGAGGAAAGGUUUAAAGUAGGGAUAACGGAUUUUGUUCACGCCAUUAUGUCUGUAAUGGUAUUCAUGGCGAUAGCGUUUUCGGAUCAUAGAGUGACCAAUUGUUUGUUUCCUGGACAUGUGGCGGACAUGGAAGAGGUUAUGGAAAGCUUUCCUUUGAUGGUGGGAACCAUUUGUAGUGCUUUGUUUUUGGUGUUUCCUAAUACUAGAUAUGGUAUUGGUUGUAUGGCUAAUUGACUCUAUUACCCUUACCUUUUUUUUUCUUUUUCUUUUUUCUUAAUUUUUAGGAUCUUUUUUUUUUAAUUAUUGUUUUAAUUUUACUAU